UAAAAAGAAAAAGAAUUUUAUUUUAUUUUUAGAAAAAAUCAAAUUGGAAUAUUUUGUAGGAUUUCACUUUUUCAUUCUUUAUAAACUCUUUCUUAUUUUCCACGAGAAAAAAAAAUAGAGAAAUUUCUGUCUCAUUGCACUCUCUUGAUCAUCACCAUCAUUUUACUUAAUAUCAAACGGAAAUCUUUUUUUUAUUAUUAUUAUUUUCAGAAAAUCGAACAAAAUUUGCUUUGAUUUAUGUUAAGAAAUUGAAGAAUUUUUUUUUUUGUGGAUUUUGAUUGUUUUGAUCAAAAAGUAGGAAAGGUUUACAUAAAAAUUCUGUGUCCACCGCCCCCGAUGCCGGAUAAUCGGCAAGUUCAGAACAAUGCUGUGUCGAAUCAAUCCGCUGAUAACAUUGAAGAAGCAAUUUUGCGGUUGAAAAUUAAUGAUAAUAAUCAAGAGGUGGGUGUUUCUAAAUCAACCGCGUACCCUGAUCGUCCUGGUGAGCCGGAUUGUUCUUAUUAUUUAAGGACUGGAUUAUGUGGUUAUGGAACUAACUGUCGUUUCAAUCAUCCGACUUAUGCUGCCCAGGGUGGCCAAUAUAGAGAAGAACUCCCUGAAAGAAUUGGACAGCCAGACUGUGGGUACUUUCUAAAGACAGGAACUUGCAAAUAUGGACGAACAUGUAAAUAUCAUCAUCCAAAGGACAGGAAUGGUGCUGGACCUGUUACAUUUAACAUUGUUGGUCUUCCCAUGCGUCAGGAUGAAAAACCAUGUCCUUAUUACAUGCGAACUGGAUCAUGCAAGUUUGGAGUUGCAUGCAAGUUCCAUCAUCCCCAGCCUCCAUCAGCUGGUGCUGGCUUACCUGGAAAUGGACCUGUGUCAUCAUCAAUUUUGCCACCAUCAGGUGUGUCAUAUGCUGGUGGAUUACCCACAUGGUCAUUGCCUAGGGCACCAUAUGUUUCUGGCCCACGUUUACAAGGUCCCCAAAGCUACAUGCCUGUUGUUGUUUCUCCUUCCCAAAGCAUAAUACCUGCGCAUGGCUGGAGCACUUACAUGGGAAAUAUGAGCUCUGUAUCUUCUACUGGUAUUCUUGGAUCCAAUUUUGCUUACAACUCAAUGAAUCCUGCUGAGUCAGGUUCUAGUGGACAGGUGUUCUUGUCAUCAACAUCUGCUUCAAAUUUCCCUGAAAGACCUGAUCAACCAGAAUGUCGGUAUUAUAUGAACACUGGCACUUGCAAAUACGGAUCUGAUUGCAAGUACCAUCAUCCGAAGGAAAGGAUUGCAAAUUCUGCGGUAAAUAAUAUCGGCCCACUGGGGCUUCCUUCAAGACCUGGGCAAGCUGUAUGUUCUAGCUACACUAUGUAUGGGCUCUGCAAAUAUGGUCCAACAUGCAGAUUUGAUCACCCUUAUUUGGGAUAUCCUUAUAAUUAUGGCCUAAGCCUGCCUUUAUCUGUGUUUGAUACGUCUCUCCUAACAUAUCAAAGAAUAUCACCAACAGCCCAUUCGUCUGAAGCUCCCCUGUCAUCAAAGCUUCCUGAUUGGGCACGGAAUACUGAUUCUGUGAGCAAGAAACAUCAGAACUUGGAGACUAAGAAUUCAGAUGAUCCACCUGAACAGGCUGCUUCUCCACCACAUUCUUUGCAGAGUUCUUCAAAAGCCUCACAUGAUUAAACUGAUUUAAUCAGUCAUUUUGUUAUCUUUUGACUUGUCUCUUUUGUUAAUUUGUACCCUUGAAGGAGACUUUGAUGAUAUGUACCUCCUGCACCCCUUUCACCUGUGAUCUGGCAGAGUGUUAUAGGUUGUUUGGAGAUUUGCUAUUAGCAAAAUGCUGGGGGGCAGGAAGGCAUUUUUUUGUGGUGAAUAAAAUGCAGGUGAAAAGUUGUAAGAUCCUUUUCCUUUCUUGGAAUUCAUCUCCUGCUCAAGGAUGAAUGCUUUUAUGUUAAUAGAGUCACUAGAAUGUUUUAGUUUGAUA